AUUCUUGCCGCUGUCUUCAUUCUUUCUCACUGACUGAGACUCAGCCGGUAAGUCCACAGAUGGGUCUUUCGGGGAAUUUCGUUGUGAGUGAAUGUGAAGAGAAGCCAGCGGGCUUCAGACAGGUCCUGCCACACGGUCCGAGGCUUUUGAGGUAAAAGGGCCUCGCCAUUGUUGUCCGGCUCCUCCCAGGUCUUGAGGCUGCCAUGGGCUUUGUUGUGGCUGGGUUAGGACAUGGGCGGAAGUGGGAACUAUGAGUGAGCAUGUAAGAACAAGAUCCCAAUCCUCAGAAAGAGGAAAUGACGAAGAGCCUUCCCAGCCAGUUGAACCUGUGAUUGUCCAGCAGCCCACUGAGGAAAAACGUCAAGAAGAGGAACCACCAACUGAAACUCAGGGUAUUGCACCUAGUGGUGUGAUCGAAAAUGAAGGAGCACCUGCUGUUCAAGGGCCUGAUGUGCAAGCUCUUCAACAGGAGCUAGCUCUGCUUAAGAUAGAGGAUGAGCCUGGAGAUGGUCCAGAUGUCAGAGAGGAGAUUCCACCCACUUUUGAUCUCACUGAAGUGCUGGAAGCAGGUGAUGGGCAACCAUAGGUUUAAACCAAGACAAAUGAAGACCAAACCCAAGAAUGUUGUUCUUAUGCUGGAAAUUUUACUGCUGACAUUCUCUUAAUAAAGUUUUACAGUCUUCUGCA